GAAUCUCAAAACUACGCUGAUCUGCAAUCUGACGAGUAUACAGAUUCAGAUGAAGAAAUCGAAGAACAAGUUUUUGAUGGGAAGGAAUCAGAUGAUUCGAAUUCUGAAGAAGAAAUUGAGGAACAAGAUUCCCUUACUACAAAUUUCGAAGACCUCUUCGAUAAAAAUGACAUUGAAGUUAAUAUUUCAUUCCAAUCAUCACUCGAAUAUUCAACAAGCAUUGAAAAAUUAGAAGGAUACUUAAAAGAAUGGAUUUUUCAAUUUGAUCAAAUUACUUCUUUAAAAUAUAAAGUUGAUGAAAAGAGAUUAAAAAUGCUUUAUGACCUCAAAAAAGCUUACAUUUCUUUAAUUAUAAUGCUUAAUGCUGAGUAUGAACAAAACAUGAAUAAGCCUCCCUCUCAUAAUACAUUGCGUGGAUUUGUAUGUGAAAAAAUGCAAUCAAUUUUAAACAUAAAGGAAAGACAGGAGAGAAAGUACUGGCUUGGAACUUGGAGGUUAAUAGAAUUGUUUAAUUUAACAUGCUGUCCUGCUAAUAUUAUGGUUGGAGCUGGAAUUACAGCAAAAUUUUUGAUGAAUAGCACUGUUGAAAAUUAUGACCUUUUUCUCAAAAGUCUUUUAGAUGAUAAUGAUGCAA